AUGCGACUGGAGCCACGGAUCGAGCGGCGAGCGGCCGCCACCCUCCUCGCCGCCGCCAGCGUUGCACCAACCCAUUUGGCGUACGCCGAUGCGCCAGCAACGCUGCGGAUCACUCGCUACUCCCACUUGGAGACGGUGCCUGCGACGAGCAAGAGGCUGAUCCUCUGCCGGCACGGCGAGACGCUCUUCAACAAGCUGCAUUUGCCACAGGGACGGCUCUUCGACGCAGCGCUGGACGGUGCGGGCCAAGCGCAGGCGGAGAAGCUAGGCGCUGCGGACGCCAUCGCUCGGGCCCGUCAGCCCGCCCGCCUGCGCGAGGCGCCGCGAGACGACCUUGACGAGGUGGAGGAUCUGGUGGUGCCGACCGAGGUCAGAAAGGCGUACGUCGCGACGCGCCUGCGAGCCUUUGGCGCGCUCAUCCAGCUCCAGCGCGCCCUGCGGCCGGGAGAGGCGGGCGCGUGGGUCACCCACUCGCGAUUUCUGCGCGUCGUUCUCGCGGCGGCCGCGGCGGAGGAGGCCAAGGCCCGCCCGGGCUUCCUGGACGAGUGGAAGCGAGCCUUCCCCGCCGGGUUCGCGAUCAGCAACGCCGGCAUCUCGUGCGUUGACCCGGUCAACCAGCCCGGCCAGCUGCCCGUCGCUCAGCCCGUCGCCCAGCCCGGCCAGCUGCCCGUCGCUCAGCCCGUCGCCACCACUGCCACCGGCCAACCCGUGGCUGCCACCGCCGCUGGCCAGCCCUUAGCCGUCCAGCCGGUUCCGAUCGUCGUCCAAGAGAUCCGACCGCAAGCCAUGACUCGCGAUGUCGAGGUUUUCGGCUUCGUCCUCAAGGACACGCGCAACAUCCACAACGCGAAGAGUCUCGCAGGCAUCUACUUCAGCUGCGUCCAUGACGACUCGUGGUUUCCGGGCGAUGCUAUGCUCGGCUGGUGGGCGUCGUGUCCCGCGCCCUGCCUCUCCUGCCGCCGCUUUUCCGCGCAGGACGACCACACCCUCGUGCUCGCCAACGGCUGCUGCUGCGGCUGCCCCGAGCCGGCGGGCCAAACCUUCCACCGCAACUGGGACGAGAAUGGGCAGCCGGGGCCGCCAAACUCAUUCAGUAGCGCAGCGGGCGGCGACAUGGAGUUCGGCGCGUGCAACGGGCUGUGCGCAGGCUCGAAUGGCCACUCCGGCUCGAUGUGCUACCUGCGGUGCGCUUAG